UCUAGUCUCUUUAGUUAAGAGUAUUUCAUAAGCAUUAGAACUUGUGGUCAACGAGGAGCUGAACUCUUCUCUCUGUUAACUUCGGAGUGCUAACUACCUUGCCUCGCUAUUCCACGCCACUUCGUCGAUUUUUCAUAUUAGUUUGUGCAAAAGGCUGAUAAAGCAAUACCUGCCACCGCUAUGCCAACCUUUCCACCAACUGGCAGAUGCUUGAUUCGUUGGCUCCUCCUAGCAGCGAUGGUGUCAGCGGCCAGCACUGAAAUUCUGUAUGCGGAAACUGCUAACAUUACCUUUGGCGAAUGGCUAGUGCAGCAGCAACCCAACCAAAUCCUCGAGGAAGUGAUCAUACGAGGCAGACAUUGCUUCUGCAGGAGGGCGGUCCUUCCUCCUUCAGAGCCAGACACCAGCUCCUUCGAAAUGAUCCUUGGGGGGGGGAUCUUCGGAGGUCCCGGUUCGAAGUCUUCUUUCGACUACCUUUUCAUUCCUCAAGGACAAUGAAGACUUUGAGUGUUAUGUCCGUCAACCAUUAGUAUAGUAUAUCAAAUAAAUUUUAGAAUGUA